AGAGGACAUAGAAAUACGUGUUCAAAUUAAGAUGAGGCGGGAGAAAAAUCACAUUUCUUCGCUUCUCUGCUAGGGUUUAUCUUUCUACCCUAACCAGUGGCAGUGGAGACGGAUUUUAAGCACACAGGAAAGUUUCCAUCAAAUCUUUAACACCAUCAGGCAUCCAAUUAAAUCGACUGAGCAUCUCUCUUACAAAACCCUAAAAAAAGCCCCAAAAUCUACAUAUGUGAAGCAUAAAUAAGCUUCAAAUGGCUGUAAGAAUGAAAUCUGGAGCAGGAAUUGGUGGUAAUUUUGUUCUUACUCCACACAAAGUUUCAGUAUGCAUCCUCUUACAGAUUUAUGUACCACCAGAUCAAGUGUCUGUGCCGUUUCCAUUCACCUCAGUUUCUCAACACAAUCGCCUCGGUUUGUUCUUGCUAGCUCUCAUUAAGUCUUGUGAUGAUAUUAUGGAGCCACAGUUGGAUGAGUUAAUAAAUCAAUUGAAGGAAACUGGAGGAGAAUUAUAUCACUGGUUAAAUGAAAAAUUAACACACAAACUUUCAUCUCUAUCUUCACCUGAUGACUUGUUUAACUUGUUUGGUGAUCUUCAAGGUGUCCUUGGAGGCCCAGAAUCAAGUGGUGUGGUUGAUGAUCAGAUCAUUUUGGAUCCAAGUAGUCACCUGGGUAUAUUUCUGAGGCGUUGCUUGCUUGCAUUUAGUCUGUUGUCAUUUGAGGGUGUUUGCCACCUGUUGACCAACAUAGAGACAUAUGCUAAGGAAGCCCUCUCAUCUUGCUCCAAUUAUGGUUUGCCUGAUGAAGAUAAUGAUCUCGAAGAGAUGUUGGAAUAUGAGGACACUAAUCUCGAGAGUUUUCUUGGUAAAGUUGGUGAAGAUGUUGAUGCUAAAAUUAGAGUUGCAGAAACUUUUCCGUUCCACAUUCAUGCACCUAAAUCACUUCUUGAAUUGGUAGAAGAAGAGCUACACUCUGAGUCAAAGAUUAAGCACACCGGUGCAGGUGGACAUUCUAGUGACUUUGCACAUCAGCCAACUGAUGCACUGAGAGGCAGUGAUAACAGUGGUGGCCUUUUCUUACGCAUGAACUGGCAAGUGCAAGGGUACUUAAGAGAGCAAGCUGAUUUGAUUGAGAAGCAUGGUAGUUCAUUUUCCUUGAAUGCUUUUGAGUCUAUCCUACAGCAGGUUCAAAAAUUGGCUCCAGAACUGCACCGUGUUCACUACUUGCGUUACUUGAAUAAUCUUUAUCAUGAAGAUUACCCUGCUGCGUUAGAGAACCUUCACUGCUAUUUUGAUUACAGUGCAGGGGCGGAAGGGAUUGAUAUUACUGCAUCUUCUCCUUUAGGUUGUUUUGGAAGGUAUGGAAUUGCUUUGUUGUGCUUGGGCAUGAUGCAUUCUCAUUUUGGGCAUCCUAAACAGGCAUUAGAGGUCCUAACUGAAGCAGUUCGGGUUUCUCAACAGCAUAAUGAUGAUACUUGUCUUUCAUACACCUUAGCAGCUAUCUGCAAUCUAAUGUCAGAGAUUGGUAUUUCAAGUGCAAGAGGAAUAAUUGGCUCAUCAUAUUCUCCUUUGACCAGUUUUGGUACUUCACUGCCCAUCCAGCAGCAGCUACUAGUUCUCCUGAGAAGAUCACUAAAUAGAGCCGAUGAUUUAAAGCUAACACGGCUGGUGGCUUCAAACCGCCUGGCAAUGGAAAAAUUUGAUCUCACGCAUAUUCAAAGGCCAUUAUUGUCAUUUGGUCCCAAAUCCUCUACAAAGCUCAAAACUUGUCCUGCUAGUGUUCUGAAGGAACUCAGGCUAAGCUCUUAUUUGCUUGGUGAGUUUGGAUCAGAUGGCUCGUCGCUUGAAAUUGAUGGUGUUUUUAGUACUGCAUGGCUUAAGAAUCUGCAUAGACCAAUGGCCUCGUCAGUUCUGUUGGAAGAAAAUGAACCUGAGAGCGGUUAUGAUGCCUUCCGAUUUGGUACACAACCAAGCUCCAUUCCAGGGUCUGUAUUGCAAUUAGCUGGUUCUUCAUACCUUUUGAGAGCUACUGCGUGGGAGCUCUAUGGCAGUGCUCCCCUCGCCAGACUGAAUGCACUGGUUCAUGCUACUUGUUUUGCUGAUGCUUCCAGUUCCUCUGAUGUAGCUCUAGCACAUGUCAAACUUAUCCAACAUCAAGCAGUAUUUAAAGGAUAUAAAGAAGCAUUUUCUGCUCUGGAAAUGGCUGAAGGGAAAUUGUUUUCGGUGGCCAAAUCACGUAUCCAGCUGCUUAAGCUUCAACUGCUUCAUGAGCGCGCUUUACAUCGAGGAAAUCUGAAGGUAGCACAACGAGUAUGUGAUGAAUUUGGAUCGUUGGCUUCAUCUGUUACGGGUGUAGACAUGGAGCUGAAAACGGAAGCAAGCCUUCGCCAUGCACGUACGCUGCUAGCAGCCAACCAGUUUAGCCAGGCUGCAGCUAUAGCACACUCACUAUUCUGCACGUGCUAUAAGUUCAAUUUACAGGUUGAGAAUGCCACAUGUCUUCUCAUGCUCGCCGAUAUUCACAAGAAAUCAGGAAAUGCCGUCUUAGGCCUACCUUACGCAUUAGCAAGCCUUUCAUUUUGCCAAUCGUUCAACUUGGAUCUUCUUGAAGCAUCAGCCACUCUGACACUUGCAGACUUAUGGUUGUCCCUUGGAUCAAACCAUGCUAAACGAGCACUGACCCUUAUACAUCGAGCUCUCCCAAUGAUUCUUGGUAACGGAGGGUUGGAGCUGCGUGCCCGAGCCAAUAUUGCAGUUGUGAAAUGCUAUUUAUCAGAUCCAAGUUUUUCAGUUUCUGAAGAUUCUGAAAUGGUGUUGGAUUCUUUAAAGCAAGCUGCUGAGGAGCUCCAAAUUUUAGAGUAUAAUGAAAUGGCAGCCGAAGCGUUCUAUUUGAUGGCCAUGGUCUACGACAAGCUUGGUCAACUGGAAGAACGAGAAGAAGCUGCAUCUUCUUUCAAGAAACACGUAAUUGCUUUUGAAAAUCCGCAUGAUGACAACAAUCCGCUGUUUUAAAUUGCAUUAUAAGAGAAGGACAAUUCAAGAAACACGUGAGUGCUUUUGAAAAUCCGCAGGAUGACAACAAUCCGCUGUUUUAAAUGGUGUUAUAAGAGGACAGGCUGAGAUCUCAUCGACUUUUGUUAGUUUUUAUGUACAGUGUUGACAACAUUUUAUCAGAUUAAUUGAUUUUUUAUUUUGGGGUGGGGGGAUAGGGCUAGUUGUUUUUUUUUUCCAGAGGUGUAGAAAAGGCUUUUCACCAUCGACAAAUGGUGUAUAUGGGGAUGUGGGGAGUAUGUAUUAUUAUUGAUGUACAAUGUAAUUAGUGCCAUACAAGAUGAGGAAUG